UGUUGGGCACCACCUCUCGCCUCGGGCACCAGGCUCGACCAUGUCGUCGUCCACAACAAAGGUGUACAAGGUGGCGGUGGUCGACGCCAUCGUCAAGACAGAUGCUGCCAAGCCAUUUACCGUAUACAAGCUCUCCAUCAAGUGCGGCCCGUCUGCAUGGUCCAUCUACCGCCGCUACCGCAACUUCCACCAGUUCAACCACAAGGUCAAGAAAAAGUACGGUGUCGACUUUGGCCUGCCCAAGAAGCGACUGCUCGGUAACCUCAACCCAGACUUUGUCGAGGGUCGGCGCGUCUCGCUGCAUCGGUACAUGGCGCGGGUGCUGGCGGAUGACGUCGUCCGCAAGUCGAGCGAGUUGGUCGACUUUCUGGCGCCGGACUCAGUCGAUGACAUGGAGGGCACGGUGGCCGAGUCCGAGGUGGCUUCCGAGGUGGACGGCGCGACCAAGGUCUCGCUGGCAGACUUUAAGCUGCUCUCAGUCAUCGGGCGCGGCUCGUUUGGCAAGGUUGUACUCGCCCGCGGCAUUGCCGACAACAAAGUGUACGCCAUCAAGGUGCUCGACAAGAAGACUAUCAUGAAAAAGGGCGAGCUCGACCACGUCAAGUCGGAGCGCAACGUCCUCAUUUCGACGGCCUCGCACCCGUUCCUUGUCUCGCUCCACUUUUCAUUCCAGACCGAGGAGAAGCUGUACUUUGUCAUGGACUAUGUCAACGGCGGUGAGCUCUUCUACCACCUGCAGCGCGACAAGAAGUUCUCCGAGUCGCGCGCCCGGUUCUACGCCGCCGAGAUCGCGCUUGGCAUCGGCCACUUGCACUCGGUUGGCAUCGCGUACCGCGACCUCAAGCCAGAGAACCUGCUCAUCAACUCGGACGGUCACAUCCUCAUCACAGACUUUGGCCUGUGCAAGGAGGACCUCGACCAGCACGACACCACAACAACCUUUUGCGGCACGCCCGAGUACCUCGCGCCCGAGAUCCUACGCAAUGAGCCGCACGGCUUUAGCGUCGACUGGUGGGCGCUCGGCAUUGUUCUCUACGAGAUGCUCUCCGGCCUUCCGCCAUUCUACACCGAGAACAAGACCCUCAUGUAUGAGCGCACACUCUACGAGCAGGUUUACUACCCGCCGUACUUUUCCAAAGACGCCAAGUCGCUCAUUGCAGGCCUCCUCCAUCGCGAGCCCUCGCUCCGUCUCGGCGCAAACGAUGACGUCGAUGAACUCAAGGCACAUCCGUUCUUUGCCUCGAUCGACUGGGACGCACUCCUCGCCAAGACCAUUACCCCGCCGUGGAUUCCAGCCGUCGAGGCCGCGGACGACAUCCAGUAUGUCGACGGCGAGUUCCUUGCCCAGCCUCUCCACGACCGCGCACACCGGAAGAAGCUCUCCGACACCGCUCAGUCGGCCUUUGACGGCUUUACCUUUGCUGGGGAGCAGUCUGCCCUCUCCGCUGCCGCAUCCGCCGACCCCGAUGCCUGAUGGUGCGGUGGGCGCAACACCCUGUAUCCCCCCCCCACACACACACACCACCACCACCACCACCACUACAUAUUCCCGGUCAAAUUCCUUGCACUCGCUUGCC